AUGAGGUGGGUCUAUCCCUUAAUGCCGGAAAUCCUAAGGGCAAAGUACGUGUUCGGAUCCGAGACAAAGAGCAUGGGGGUAACGGGCCAUGGGGCCUUAAAGGCAUGGGUGGGCGAGCAUGUUGAUCCUCGUGAGCAGCAAAAGAUCAAUCUAAGACAUGUUGUGGGAUUGAUUGAUUUCUUGUGUGGGUUCUGUUUAGCUUUGCCUGAGCCUGAGCUUGUGCUUAAGCGAACGGAGCAGAGCCGCAAAGACGAGCCGGCUCUAGACCCCGGUCCCGAGCAGUUGCGAGAGCGUUUCCCCGCUCAGGCACUAAAAGGUCAGAAAACGAGACUCCCCUGA